CUGCCCUCGGCCGCUUGCCCCGGCUGCUGGGUAGUGCCUGGAGGAGGAAGGGCAGCGCUGGCACCGGGGCUGCCCGUGGCGGGCUCAGCGGGAACGCGAUGAGGAACAGGAACGCCUUCGUGCCAAAGGGGUGCCAGCGCGGCGUGGGCAGCCGCCGAGGCUUCCCGGAGCGCCGGGAGACUGCGGACGCCGCCGCCGCACUACAGGUCCCGGCGCUCCCCGCGGCGGGCGGGACGGGGCGGGCCUCAUGCGCCGGAAGCGGCGGCGGCGACGCGGCACGGAGCGGCGGGGGAUCCGGCGAGGCCACUGGCAGCAGUGGCACCAUGCAGCAGGAGGCAGGUGGCAGCCGGCCACGCCACAGGAAACCUGACAUGGCCCUCUACGUGCCAAAGGCACGACGGGAGAGAGCAGCGCAAGUGGCAGGUGACACGCUGGUUGAGCAUCGCCAAGAGCUUGAGAACCACCACCUGGCACAGGACACCAGUCAGGGCAGUGGUGAGAGACAGAAGAGAAGCCCCCAUGCCAGGACACAAAUGGGCAGAGUGGCAAGAAAGGAGAGCAAGAUACAAGCCAGUACAAAAGAGCCACAGGCAGCCUCUUCUGGGCACUGCCAGAGACCAGGAGGCAGCUUCUCUGUGGUGCCAGAGGACCUGGGGGUAUCACCCAGUGUUUGUGAGCCAUGCCUGAAUCCAGCUGUUGCCCAGCCCUUGGAUGAGCAGGACAAAGCGUCCCAUGAUGAAGGAUUUGGGGAGCUCAGCCAUAGCCACCAGAUGAUGAGGACUCAGUCUCCAUCUCCACCAAGUGUCCACUCCGGGACCACAGAGGCUAUCACUGAGCCUAGGGGUGGCCUUGCAAGCCCAGCACUCCCUGAUAGCCCAGUGCCAGCAUCUCAGACAGGGCUGAGUGGCACGUCGGAGCAUUUAGGGGACAGCACCCUGGAUCCAGCUGGGCACCUCUCCCAGUCCUCAGGAGAAGGUGUCCUGCAGCUGGCAGAGCUGGGCAACCAGCGCAGUGUGCCUGGUCUGUCAUGUGAGGUUGCAUGUCCAAAAACCCAGGAGAAGAGGAGGAUUGAGGGGUACCUCCUGGCAGGGCAGAGCAAGAGCUGUGCUGCUGGGCUGCCAGAGGAGGGCUGGGAAGGCAUGACUGAGCUUGCCAGAGAGAGUGCCUUGGAUACACCAGGAGCAGCCAGCUGUGAACCCAAGUGCUCUAGGGGUGGCACAGGCCAAGCAACAGUGCUUCCAGGGGAGAGCACCCUAAACCAGGGCAUUGUUAUCUCAUCCCAGCUCCCACCUGGCAAGGAGGAGAGCAGUGCUGGUGCUGGGGAUCCCAGUGGGGAGGGUGACCUGGUGCCUGCUGCAGAGGGAAUGGGCAGCACCUCUGCCUGCACAGGUGGCACCAUCAGGACUGAGAGUGUUUCACUUGGUGCUGGUGAGGAACUGCUGAGAAGCAUGCGGGAGAGUGCACCCAUGGAGAGCCACGAGCACCCGUUGCCCCUGGAGCUGCUGUGCCAUGGUGUAGAGGGGCUCUCACCUAUGGCCUGGGCAGAGGAGCUAGCCCAGAAAGACAGGAACAUGAACUCACCACAGCCGCAUUGGUGUGGCCAGAAGGCUGAGGAAGAAGAGGGAGGUCUCCACGGCAGCUCCCCAAAGGCAGAAAAGACCAGUGCUGGGUCUCUCAGUCAGGCCAGCCCAGGAGCUGAGGAGAGCUGGGAUGCCUUAUUCAACGACGAUGGGGACUGCCUGGACCCACGUCUGCUGGAGGAGCUCUCAGGGGGUUACAAGCACCGUGAGAGUCAGCAGUCACCCCGCUUCGACUACUACAGGGCUGAGCCCAGCCCACCAGACCUCAGUGACGCUGAGCUGCCCCAUGUCAUCGAGAUCUAUGAUUUCCCCUCGGAUUUCCGCACCGAGGACCUGAUGCGUGUUUUCUGCAGCUAUCAGAAAAAAGGCUUUGAUAUUAAGUGGGUGGAUGAUACACAUGCCCUGGGCAUCUUCUCCAGCCCCAUAACAGCAUCUGAUGCCCUCAGCACCAAGCACCUGAUGGUGAAGACACGCCCUCUUUCCCAGGGUACCCGUGCCUCUAAAGCCAAAGCCAGGGCAUAUGCUGACUACCUGCAGCCAGCCAAGGAGCGCCCUGAAACAUCAGCUGCCCUGGCCAGGCGGCUAGUGAUUGGUGCCCUGGGGGUACGCAGCAAUCAGACGCCAGCCCAGCGAGAUGCUGAGCGGAGGAAGCUGCAAGAAGCCCGAGAGAAGAAGCGUCUGGAGAACAAGCAGCGGGAGGAUGCCUGGGAGGGUCGAGACUGAGCUGGGAGGCUGCACCUUCAGUCCCACUGGGACUUCUGCUGGGGUGCUUUCCGCGGGCAGGCAGGACACCCUGCAUCCAAGAGCUGGGACAGAUCCUGCGCCACAAAGCAGUGGGCUGCUCCAGUGAAAAGGCUGAGCAGGACAUGUGCUGUUACUGUCAGGCAGGACCUCCAGUGCUGCCUGCUGCAACAGGAGUGCCAAGAGGACACAGGGACCUCUGCAGUAAGCACAUGGGUCUGUGUGGGGUGGCCCUGACCACCUGACAGCCUUGCAAGUGAGAGUUUCUGUCCUUUAUUUUGCUAAUAAAUACCGUGUAUUUUAA